CCUCUCGCGUUGCAUGUCGUCACGUUCCGUGCAGUACGCCGUGAAAAGGGCCUCUGGAGCUUGGUUUUCGCCUCCUCGACAGCGCUUUCCUCGCACGAGCCCGUGUAACAGUGGUCUCCGUCCCCGUGGAGCCGCGGUAAAAUGUGACCUUUGCCGCGUCAUGCCGAUCGCCUGUUGAGUUGGAGCGGAGACGCGGGUACGUAUUUAUCGGCGAUGAAGAUGCGCGAGUGCAGCGACGAGUGCGCCGAGAGUGCACGGAGAAACUCUGUCGUGAUCCGCUCGCAGUGAUAUUCCCGACCGUCGGCUUUGCGCUGCAUCCGGGGCCGCGCAAUCCGAGGAGCUACGCACGAUCGUUCCGUGGCGUCUUCGGGGUUGGCUGGCUGCGCUGAGAUAUGGCCACCUUGGGUCUCUCGAAGGUCUUCAUCUUGGACAAGUACUUCACCGAGCUGCAGAAGUUUUGGGAGACCGAGAAGAAGUUACAAGAUGCCUCCUCGUCAAACGAGGCGGUGCACCUCCAGCAGCGACUGCGCAGCCUGAGCACGGAGCUCGUGACGCUAAGGAACCGGCUGCACGUGAGCCAGCCGGGUAGCUCCGGGAAGCCGGAUAAGGGCCCGUCGCCGGGGGCGCCCGCGGUGCCGCCCCGUACGAGCCUCGCCCACGGGCCCGGGCAUACCCUUACGGCCUCGGCCCUAGUUCAUCAGCAGCAGCACGGCCCCGGGCAUGCUGCCAACCAUCUCAUGCCAGCCGAACUGGAGCCAGCUAAGCGCCAUUGCAGCAUCCCGGACGACGGAAUGGUUUCGUGCGUGACGGCUCUCGGCGGUGUCCGUUCCCCCACCUCCGGCCUCCUUACCGACGUCAAGAGCGCCAAAGGCACUCACCAUCACCACCAUCACCAGCAGCAACAGCAGCAACAGCAGCAGCAGCAGCAGCAACACCAACAGCAACACCAACAGCAACAGCAGCAUCAGCAUAAGCAGCAACAACAACAGCGGGCACCGGUUCAGGGUAAGGCAGCCAUCGGCGCGCAGCAGUCCGUCGUUGGGAGCCUCAACAGCGCGGCCUUGGAUGACCUCAUUCACCUGCCUGGGCCCCUCACCGAGGACGCCGUCCUCAAGUGCCUCCAGGCCCGAUUCUGCGCCAAGCAUUACCACACGAACGUUGGGCCGAUCCUCGUCUGCCUCAACCCGUAUACGAACGUGGGAAAUCCGCUGACCUUGACGAGCACCAGGGCCGUCCCGUUGACUCCCCACCUCAACAGGGUCGUACAGGAGGCCGUGCGACAGCAGUCCGAAACCGGCUAUCCUCAGGCCAUCAUCCUGUCCGGUACGAGUGGAUCGGGGAAGACGUACGCGUCGAUGCUGCUGCUGCGGCAAUUGUUCGACGUGGCAGGCGGAGGUCCGGAGACCGACGCGUUCAAGCAUCUCGCGGCCGCCUUCACGGUCCUUCGAUCUCUCGGCUCAGCAAAAACCGCCACCAACUCAGAAAGCUCGAGAAUAGGCCAUUUCAUCGAGGUGCAAGUGACGGAUGGGGCAUUAUACAGAACGAAGAUUCACUGUUACUUUUUGGACCAGACGAGGGUCAUUCGGCCCUUGCCGGACGAGAAGAACUACCACAUAUUUUAUCAAAUGCUCGCAGGCCUGUCGCACGACGAGAGAGUGAGACUGAAUCUCGAGGGUUAUAAUUUGAAAAACCUGAGGUAUCUGCAGCAUGGCGAUACGAGGCAGGACGAAGCCGAGGAUGCGGUGCGAUUUCAGAACUGGAAGGUUUGUUUGGGUGUCCUCGGCAUACCGUUUCUCGACGUGGUGCGAGUGCUGGCUGCGGUGCUGAUCCUCGGCAACGUCGGCUUCACCGAUGGACCGGGAGUCGAGGUCGGUGUCAUCGGCGAGAACGAGCUCGCCUCGGUAGCCUCCCUCCUUGGCGUCACACCGUCGGCCCUCCUGCGGGGUCUCACCUCCAGGACGCACAACGCGCGCGGGCAGCUCGUCAAGUCCGUCUGCGACGCAAACAUGUCGAACAUGACGAGGGACUCGCUGGCGAAGGCACUAUAUUGUCGUACAGUGGCGACGAUCGUCAGACGGGCGAAUAGUUUGAAAAGGCUUGGCUCUACCCUUGGGACUCUUUCUUCGGAUUCUAAUGAAUCGGUUCACAAUCAGGCUGAAGUAGCGAGUCAGCACGCCUCAACUAUCGGCAGCUCAGCAGGCGGCACCGGCUCGCGCAGCAUGACUGCGCUCAAUAAUGCUGUGAGGCAUGCGACCGACGGCUUCAUCGGCAUACUCGACAUGUUUGGCUUCGAGGACCCGAAGCCCAGCCAGCUCGAGCACCUCUGCAUCAAUCUCUGCGCCGAGACGAUGCAGCACUUUUACAACACCCACAUAUUCAAGAGCUCGAUCGAGAGUUGCAGGGACGAGGGUAUCAGGUGCGACGUCGAGGUCGAUUACGUGGAUAAUGUGCCCUGCAUCGACCUCAUCUCCUCGCUGCGGACGGGUCUGCUCAGUAUGCUGGAUGUCGAGUGCUCGAUCAGAGGCACCGCCGAGAGCUACGUCUCCAAGGUUAAAGUUCAACAUAAACAAAAUCCUCGGCUGUUCGAGCCGAGAACCGUCGACUGCCGUUCCUUUGGUAUUCAGCAUUUUGCCGGUCGAGUUACAUACGACGCCUCGGACUUUCUCGACACGAAUAAGGAUGUCGUCCCGGACGAUUUGGUCGCUGUUUUUUAUAAACAUACGUGCAAUUUUGGAUUUGCGACUCAUCUAUUUGGGAGCGAGCUUAAAGCUCUUUAUGCGAGUGAUACCGUACCGAGAGGCGUUAGUUUUCGCAUUUCGCCAACCUCGCACACCGAUCUGCUAAACGGCGACGAGCCAAUUUCCACCUUAACUCAAGAUUUCCACACGCGACUCGACAACUUAUUAAGGACUUUGGUGCACGCGAGGCCGCAUUUCGUCAGGUGCGUGAGAAGCAAUGCGUCCGAGACACUUUUGCAGUUCGAUCGUAACGUCGCUAUGCGCCAAAUACGAUCCCUCCAAGUUUUGGAAACUGUCAAUCUCAUGGCUGGAGGUUAUCCGCACAGGAUGCGCUUCAAGGCGUUCAACGCCCGCUACCGGCUCAUCGCACCGUUCAAGCAGCUGCGCCGCAGCGAGGAGCAGGCCAUCGAGGACACGCGACUCAUCCUCCAGAAUGCCCAGCAGGUCAAGAGCAACUUCAACGCGAGCACUAGCUGGGCCCUCGGGAAGCGGCACAUAUUCCUCAGCGAGGGUAUCAGGCAGCAGCUCGAGCACCUGCGCUCGGAGAUACGCAGAAGGGCUGCGACGGAUAUCCAGGCGAGCUGGCGUGGAUGGCGCAUUCGUCGAAGAUGGACGCUGCGCCGCUCGAAGAUGGGGAUGGCAAGUGUCCUCGGUCAGAAGCACGCACAGCCGUCGGCUGGGACUAUACUGGGGACCGGAGCUGGAUCGGGAGGUGGGAUCGGUCCCGGGGCCGGGACCGGGGCCGGGCUCGGAGUUGGAGUCGGAGUCGGCGUCGCGACCACUGGAACGCUUCAACGUGGCCUCGUCGGGGUGAGGCCGCGACCACAACCGAUCGCCGGUACCCCACCACCCGACCCCUCCGAAAAGUGCGCCGACCCCAAGAUGAUACAGCAGACUUGCACCCUCUUCGGCCUCGAUCUCGAACGACCGCCGCCAGUUCCGCCAAGCAGAUCCUACACUGUGACUGGUAACACUAAGCUCGGAUAUCCGCAGACGAGGGUUAUGAAAACGCCAUUUCCCGAAGAGGGCGAAGGCGAAGUCGUAUUGCUGAAGGGUGAAACUGUCCUCGUGAUUGGUGCAUCGCAGAGACGCGGACAUUUGCUCGUCGAGCACAACAAUACAACUCUUCACGUGCCUUAUCAAUUUAUGGAAUUGAAGCCUUGUAACAUUAACGUCUGAUUUCCGUCCAUUAUUUAAUUUAUCUAUUAAACUUCUCUCUGCUCUUUGCUCUUCUUCUUUCGUUCUU